AUGCUCGACUUUUUAUUCGGCAAGCGCAAGACUCCCCAGGAGCUCCUGCGGCAGAACCAGCGUGCACUCACCCGCGCACAGCGCGAGCUAGACCGCGAGCGCACCAAGAUGGAGAUGCAAGAGAAGAAGCUGAUAGCCGAUAUCAAAAAAUCGGCCAAGGCCGGCCAAAUGGAUGCUUGCAAAAUAAUGGCAAAGGACCUGGUGCGUACUCGGAGAUAUAUCCAAAAGUUCUACAAGAUGAAGACGUCUCUUCAGGGCGUUGCUUUGCGGAUACAGACCAUGAGCUCGAACCAGCAGAUGGCCACGGCUAUGCGCGGCGCCACGUCGGCUAUGAAGUCGAUGAAUGGGACGAUGAAUCUUCCAGGCAUUCAGAAAGUGUUGACGGAUUUCGAGCGCGAGUCUGACAUGAUGGAUAUGAAGGAGGAGCUGAUGAACGAUGUCAUUGAUGAUGCCAUGGAGGACGAUGAGGAGGAUGAAGAGGAGGAGUCGAACCAGAUCGUACAGCAGGUCCUUGAUGAGAUCGGCCUGCAACUUAACCAGUCCUUGGGAGAUGCCCCGCAGCAGGUCAGAGAGCAGCCUGACGCCGCUUUUGGCGCGGCUGAGGCUAUCGACGAUGACGCUGCGCUGCAAGCGCGGUUAGACAGCUUGCGCAGAGAGUAA